CCUCUGCCCCUCAUAUGGGGGGCGCAUGGGAACGGAUGGUGCGCUCGAUUAAAUCAGCAAUGUUGGAAGCAUACAGUGAAAAUUUGGAUGAUGAACGCUUAAUAACACUGCUGGUCGAAGCCGAAUCAAUCGUUAACAGUCGGCCAUUAACCUACCUACCACUGAACUCGGCCGAAUUGGAAGCCUUAACUCCCAAUCAUCUGCUACUAGGAAGCUCCAGCGGAGUCCAUCAACCGGAAGUGAAGGGAAUCUGCGACACCAAACUACUCAGUCAUUCGUGGGAUUUACUUCAAAAUCAACUAAACUCGUUCUGGAGAAGAUGGACGCGAGAAUACUUACCUACGCUAACAAAACGGACUAAGUGGUUCGAGGAUACAAGAAACAUCGAAGUGGGAGAUCUGGUGAUUCUCAUUGAAGACUCACGUCGGAACGGAUGGACCCGUGGUCGGAUUCUCGAAGUGAUAUCUGCUGCUGAUGGACGAGUUCGACAAGCGAUUGUACAAUUAUCGACCGGAGGGAUUUGCCGACGCCCUGCAUCCAAACUGGCUGUGUUAGAAGUUCAAGGCGGAAGUGGAACCGAUUCCGGAUUCCACCGGGGGGAGGAUGUUGCUGCAAGGGUGCUGACGGACAGCACUGCAGCCCCUACUGUAACAAUCAUUAAUGACGACUCCGGAGAUGACAGCGGGGCCAUACCGGAACGAGCGGGAAAGGACACAAAUAUGUGAGAUAGUCUGUUAAGUUAGCUAGCUCAAGCGGGUGUUGUAACAGCAAAUUACGUAGUGGUUUCAGACACGAGUAUUGAUUAGUUAAAGUUAAAUUUAUUACGGUUGAAUGCGACGGUGAACGGUAUAAUAAGUGGAUCAGCGAUAGAAUAAGUGGAGCUGUAGUUUGGUUUAGUUGGAUUGAUCCAAGGUAAGGACCCAAGAUCUGACCUUGGAGAAAGAAAUCGUUGCUCAAGAGUUACCAAAGGAUGAAUGGCGCGAACCGCCGAACAGUCAUGGGUGCAAAGGGUGCCAUCAAUCGGAGUUUAAAAUCUUCGGUCGAGAACAUAAAUGCUCAGCUAGGGUAUUUUAAUCCAAGAGUUGAAUAUUUAGUUCAAACUGCGUGUUUGUCAAUCGAAGUGCUGAAUAUUGCGACUGUUGGUGAAAAAAAGAUAGCAGACUAACGACCGUCGCGACAACUUGAGGACGGAAUAGUUGAAUAU